CGCCCGUUCUAGAUAACGACGUGCACCGCAAUCAUGCCGGUGAACUGUGUAGCCUUCGGCUGUCGAAACUAUUAUCGCCCGGGUUGUGGAACUAGCUUUUUUCGCUUUCCGUGUGGUAAGCUUUAUCCCGUUAAGCGGGCAGCCUGGAUUCGUGCAGUCAGGAGAGUUGACAAGUCCGACCCCUCGAAGAACUGGAAGCCGAGUCAGCUGUCCAGACUAUGUAGCGCCCAUUUUAUUACAGGGAAGCCGGCGUUAGAGAAGGCACACCCGGACUAUGUCCCUACACUGUUUAGCUACUCGCGUCCACGGCCGUCUGCCCUCGGUCGGUUUCAACGCUGGUCCUCCAGAUCAUCAACCCAAGAGGCUGCGACCAGUGGUGAGCCAAGCCAAAGAAGCUCGUACCCAGUGUGUCUGAGAUUGAUGCAGAAUCCAAAGAUACUGCAAGCAGCUGCGGGGAUGGAGAAGAAUCCGCACUGGGUGACUGCGUCGAGGAGCCACUCUCCUCAGUUGCCCCUGCCUCUCCACAGAAUCUGCAAUGGGCGACUGCGUGGAGGAGCCACUCUCCUCGGUUGCCCCCGCCUCUCCACAAGGUACUGA